AUUCUCGUCUACUUAGAGAAAGCAGGGGGAAGAGACGUAUUGAUUCUUGCUAUUUAAUUAAUACAUAUUUAAUACAAUAAUAUAUAUAUAUAUAUAUAUAUAUAUAUAUAUAUAUAUGCAUAUAUAUAAUAUAUAUUAUUCAUAAAAAUCUGUUUGACUAUAUUUCACCUUUUUAACGCUCUUUCACUGUGAUUCCAUUUUAUUAAUAUUAUAGAUAUAUAAUAUAUUGUAUAAGUGAUGAAUAUUUGAAUAUUAAAAUGAGAAACGGAAAUGGAAUAGUGGCCAACUUUUGACCUGUAAAGUUUAUAUGAAUAACUUUGUUGAACAACUAAAUCAGUAUAAACAACAUUGUUCACCCCUCCUACUUCUAACGCAGGUUGUUGUUUUCGCUGUUCAAUAAUCUAUAUAUAUAUUUUGAUUUUUGUAUGUUCAAAUAGAUAAGAUAAUUGAAUAAAUUGUAGUUUUUUUGUUUUUUGAGGUAUACAGGAUUUAUCUAUUUAUAUAUUCUACCAUUGGCGGCUUUAAAAUAGAUCAAUAGGCACCGCAAUAAUCUAUACAGUGUAUAUACAGUGUAUACAUUUGUAAAUUCUCUAUUUUUUAUCCUUGUAUUUAAUAAAUGAUUAUUUUUCUCAUUAAAAGCACUUUUCAGAAGAUAUUGAUGAGAUGAGGUAAAUAGAUUAAUGGCUGAGGAAAAGAAACGAAUAAAUAACGGAAGGAGCGAAGAGAAUAUAACGGCUACUGAUGCAACACCGUUCUUUUUAACGUUAGCGGCCGCAAAAUGGAAAAAAGAAACUAAAUUAUCACUCGAAAAGCACGAAACUAUCGGUGAAAAUCUGGAGAAAUCAUUGUUCGACAGUCUGAAUUUAGUUUAUUUCGAAAGAGAAGAGAAACUACACGAAAUAAAUAGUAGAGAUGGUCAAAGGAAACUAUUUAUUUCUGAUAAUAAUUGGUAUACAAACGAAAAAGAUAACAUAAUUAAUACUUAUAAACUUAUUUCUGAGUAUCGAACACCAAGAAAUUUAGCUGAACCGGAAGCAUGCGUUACUGUAAGCAGAAGUUACGAUCCAAUUGAACAAACAUUACAAAAGUCAGUUAUUCAAUUCCUAAAAUAUAUAUUUAAUGAGAAUACUUGGAUAUUGACUUAUGGCCGAGAUACACCGGGUUAUAUUUCUGAGGUAUUUGGAAAAUUAUACAAAGAUAAUAAUAAGAUAUUUCUUCUUGGAAUAACUGAAGAUAUUGAGAUAGAAGAGAAAUGGAAAGCAAUUUCCGGUAGACAAUACAAUCUACAACCGCAACAUACAACAUAUAUUAACUUUCCGAAUGAGAAACAGUCGGAUCGUUUUAGAAGAUUACUCGAAGAGGAAAUUGUUCGUAAUAUAAGGGAAAAGGAUUCCAAUCAGACGGAGAAUGAUUCUAUUAAGGACGAUAAUGAGAUUAAUAUUAGAACUCAAGUUUAUAAAUACGUCUAUCUCUUAAUCGGCGGAGACGAAACAACCUAUUCACAAUUAAAGAAUUGGUACACAGUAUCUUGUAAAGUACGUAGUUCGAGAAAUGUUGUAAUGAUCGUGAAAGACAGCGGUGAUAUUGCAAAUCUCCUAAUAGAGGCAUUAAGAAUUGUUGAUAAGGUACGAAGUUACGAGGACUACCAAAGAAUAUUAAGAAAAUAUGAAUUCCUUUACGAGUUUGAUAGUGAAGAAGCGUUUGAAAUGCUUAUGGAUAUAAAAAAAAGGCAAAGUUUUCUUGAAAUUAGCGAGGAAAAGUGCUUUGAAUCAAACGAGAUUAUCUCAAAAAUAAACGCUUUACAAGAGUGCUUAGACGUCGAUCUAUCUCCAAAUAAUCUACUUUACGGAAUUAUGGAUCAACCGGAUAAUACUUCCGACAUUUUUACAGUCUUAAAGGUUAUAUACGAUCAUCUGUACAAAUUAAUUUGCUGCGAACAUUUAUGGAAACUAUAUCAGAAAAUAUUCACCAUAGAUAGUACUGGUACAGCAAAGCUACUGUGCUAUCUAUGCGAAGAAAAGUCGUCGCUUCACAUUUCUACUUCGGAAACGUCUCUCUCGUCUGUAAGCGAAAAUAGCAAAUCUACUCCCCACCUAGAUAGGAUUAACAGACAAAGAGCUUCUUAUGUAACAACUGAACUAAUUGGCGACGACUGUUAUAUACAUUAUGAUCCUACUACACCCGCAAAGUUUAGCCGCGAAGAUAAGAUAAGCUUAAUAAAAGAUAUUUGGGAAAGUAGGAACUUUGAGCAUGCAAGAUAUACAAUGAAAAAUGAGCGAUAUGUUUGGGACUUGUUAAUCUAUUCUAUAUUAUCUAAUAAUAAGAUAUUAACUAAUGAGCUUUUAGAACACACUAAUAGCAUAGCAGCAUGCCUAUUUGCCCUAGUUAUAUUUAAAAGACUGUCAGACAGAGCGGAACUAAUAUCUGAAGUAGGCUUACAAAACGAACUAAAAGAGAGUAGUGAAUAUUUUGAGAAAUUAGCAUCAGAAAUAUUAAAGGAUUUAUACAACAAAGAUAGGAAAACUGCUUAUGGUAUAUUGCAAUCCUACGUCCCUAUUGAUAAAGCAAAGAAUGUUCAAGUAUUAGAUAUUGCAGUAAAUACAGAAGCUAAAUCUUUCCUAUCAGGAUCUUGCGUCCAAACUUACACCGACCUUGUUUGGAGAGCUGGUAUGAUAAACAAUUGGAAAUACCGUUUAUUCAUUCUACCAGGUUUUAUUUUAUUCUCACCUCUUGCCCUACUAUUUGGAUUGAUAAGCUUUUCAAAUUUACAAAAACUGGAAGAUGAUGAUGAUGAUAGUGAAAAUAAAGAUUCAACUUUUAAACAGAUAAAAAAUAGUAAUUUUAUCGCAUUCUUUCGCUCACCGGUGGUUAAAUAUUCAUUUAAAUUGACAAUAUACCUGUUUUUUCUGGGAUUAUUCAGUUAUUUUAUCCUAACAAAAUUGACUCCGUACAAGACGAAAGAUGCAGACGAUAUGACGAUCUACGAACUUUUAAUUAUCAUAUGGGUAAUCGGAUUAUUUUUUGAUGAGUGUCGACAAAUAUUCCUUAUUUGGUUGGAAUAUCGUCCUUUUGCAUCGCAAGAGCGGAAAGGUUGUUUAAAAACGAUAUUUAAUGUAUUUUCGAAAUAUUUUCGAGGAGGUUGGGAAGUUUUGGAUUUUACAAAGAUAUUACUUUUCUUUUGUUCCGUGGCUCUUAGAUGGCGAGUUGAAGAAGAUAAUUUCGUUGUUGCUCGAAUAUUUUUUGGAAUAACGUUAAUUCUUUUCUAUUUGAGAUUGUUAAAGUUUGCUUACGUAUUCGAAGCUUUGGGCCCAAGGAUUCUUAUAAUUUUUAUGAUGACAAGAGAUCUUAUUCAAUUCCUUUUUAUAGCCUUUAUCUUCUUAUUUAGUUUUGGAAUUUCUUAUCAAGCAAUUCUGGGCCAAUGGGUCGAUACGGAUGUAUCAUUCUACAACGUUAGUACCGCUAUAAUAGCACCUCAAUUUUGGAGAAUUUUCGGAGAAUUACAAUUAAAAACCAUUGAUAAAGAUAAACAAUCUUCAGAUGUUUUUAGGUGGUUUCUACCCGCCUAUGUUGGAAUAUACUUAAUAGCUAUGAACAUUCUACUAUUGAAUCUACUUAUUGCAAUAUUUACUAAUUCCUUUGAACAAGUCAGAAGUGAAUCAAAACAAGUUUGGGGUGCUCAGAAAGUUAGUUCAACGAGAGAGUAUAACCUCACUCCCCUCUUUCCAUCCCCUAUUAAUAUUAUUACAAUCAUUCUUGAGAUAAUAUUUAAAAUACUUAUAAAAUGUUUAAUAUGCUGCUUUGGCGACGGUCAACCUGAAAGGGGUGCAAGCUUAAGAAGAGAAUUUUUAUCAAAGAGGGCAAGGCUUCAGAUGUCACUAAAAGACGCUGUCAUUUCCGCUCAACCUAAAAGCUUGGAGAAUGACGAAAAGAAUGUUUUAGAAUUUUUAUCAGAUCUUUCAGUUGACGUUGCUCAAAUGAAAAAGUCGUUUACAGCGUCUUCUGUCAAAAAUGACAAUAUACACGAUUUGAGAAGUGAAAUAGAAGAAAUAAAGAAACUAAUGCGCGACCUAAAGAGAACAUCGAAGAUUAAUAACAAUAAUAGUAGAGAAAACUUAGUAAGUACAGUAGUGAUGGAUACUGGUCUAAGAAGAAGAAAUACUGGAGAAAUUCAAGAAACAGCAAUAAAGAAGGAAUUGGCACCAAAAACUUCAGCAGCACAAAAAUAUUCGGAUAGUCCAAUAAGUAAUGUAAGUCAGACAUUCUAUAGAAAACUUUCCGAUGUUAAUGUAAAGGUCGAAGGUGAAAAAAAGGAAAAGGACGACGGUGCAACUAUUGAAAUAGAAAGCCAAUGGUUGUAA